GUGAUUGUUUCAUUAACGACUGAAAGUCUGGAGUGGUGAGUUGAUUAUGUUGUGGCUUGAAUUUUUGUUGAUCUCAUUUUUGCUAUUUUUCACCCAUGGACAUGGAGCUAGCAUUCCAAGAAGGCAAACACAAGUUUGUGGUUACGAGGCAUGUCCUGUAACGGAUUCAAAAAAACUAAAUAUUCAUUUAGUAGCUCAUACUCACGAUGAUGUUGGUUGGUUGAAAACAGUUGAUCAGUAUUAUUUUGGAAGUCGUUCAACUAUUCAAAAAGCAGGUGUACAAUACAUUCUUGAUAGUGUGAUUCAGGCGUUGUUGGCGAAUCCUGAAAGAAAAUUUAUUUUCGUGGAAACUGCAUUUUUAUGGAAAUGGUGGUUGCGUCAAAGCGAAAAAACCAGGCAAGAUGUGCGAGAUCUAAUAAAUCAAGGAAGAUUAGAAAUUAUCGGUGGUGGAUGGACUAUGAAUGAUGAGGCAGUUACUCACUAUCACUCUCUUAUAGAUCAAUAUACUUGGGGAUUCAGACGUCUUAACGAUACUUUUGGAAGCUGUGCAAGACCACAUAUAGGAUGGCAGAUAGAUCCUUUUGGUCAUUCCAGAGAACAAGCAUCUUUAUUUGCACAAUUGGGAUUCGAUGGAAUGUUUUUCGGUCGCCUUGAUUAUCAAGAUAAGAUCAAAAGGCUCAAAGAUAAAACGAUGGAAUUCAUUUGGAAAGGAAGUUCGAAUCUAGGAUCACGAGCAGAUUUAUUCACAGUUGUAUUGUACAAUAACUAUAGCCCACCACCUGGUUUCUGUUACGAUAUUUUGUGCAAUGAUGAACCAAUAAACGAUGAUCUCGAAAGUCCAGACUAUAACGUUGACGACAGGGUCAAUAGAUUUUUGCAAUAUGUGGUUCAUCAAUCUGAAGUAUAUCGUACAAAUAACGUCAUAUUAACAAUGGGAGGAGAUUUCACUUAUCAACAAGCGGAAAUGUAUUUUUCUAAUAUGGACAUACUAAUAAGAUAUGUAAGGGAGAGAAAUAGCUCCGACGUGAAUAUAUUUUAUUCUACACCAUCGUGCUACUUAAAAGCAGUACACGAUGCAAAAUUGCAAUGGACGACGAAAGACGACGAUUUCUUUCCCUACGCGAGUGAUCCACAUUCAUAUUGGACUGGCUAUUUCUCCUCCAGACCAACGAUCAAAUUCUUUGAAAGAAUGGGAAACAAUCUUUUGCAAAUAUCCAAGCAGUUGUCCGCAUUGACUCAAUUGAAAGGUUACGAGAAAGAAUUGGAACAUUUUCGAGAAGCAAUGGGAGUGUUGCAACAUCAUGAUGCGGUGACUGGAACUGAAAAACAAUUGGUUGCAGAUGAUUAUGCGCGAAUAUUAUAUAACGGCAUGGAACAAGGAACAAACAUUGCUUACAAAGCCUUAAGAAAAUGGAUGUUAAAAGAAAAUUCAGAGUUUUUAAAAGAACAUGUACACUCUUGCAUGCAAUUGAACAUAAGUUCGUGUACGUACACAGAAGGCAACGAUUUCAUUCUAGCGAUUUAUAAUCCUUUGAGUCAGAAUGUCGUAUCACCUAUCCGCAUUCCUGUCCAAGAAGAUGCAUACAAAGUUAUAGAUUUCUCAGAUGGAAAAGAAAUGAUUUCACAAAUAGUUCCUAUUCCUAAUUCCGUGUAUGCAAUACCGGGAAGAAAGAGUAAUGCGACGUAUGAACUUGUAUUUCUUGCAUCAUUGCCACCUUUGGGUUAUAAAUCUUAUAUCAUCAAAAGAACAGGAAGUGCAAGACAAGAAACUAUGGAGGAAAUCUCUAUUGGUAACGAGUUUUAUGAUAUAUCGGUGAAUCAGUAUGGUCAUAUCGUAGUCGAAUGGAAGAAAGAAAAAAAUAUGAGACUGACUCAAUCGUUCCAUUAUUACGAAGGAAUGGAAGGAAACAAUAAGGAAUUUAAAAAUAGAUCUUCGGGUGCAUAUAUAUUCAGACCUAGAAACAUGUUCGUUAAAAAUUUCAUAACACCUAGUACUUACAAAGUAUAUAAAGGUCCAUUGGUAGAAGAAAUUCAUCAAUAUAUCAAUGAUUGGGUAUCUCAGGUAAUUAGAGUUUACAAUGGAAUAGAAUAUGUUGAAUUCGAUUGGCUCGUUGGACCAAUACCUAUCAAGGAUAUGAUUGGCAAAGAGAUAAUAACGAGAUACUAUAGCAAUUUGAAUUCUUCUGGAGAAUUUUACACUGAUAGUAACGGUCGUGAAAUGUUGAAACGAAAAAGAGAUUAUCGACCAACGUGGAAAGUAAAGCUGCAAGAAGAAGUGUCUGGCAAUUAUUAUCCCAUUACUUCGAAAAUUUCAUUGAAAGAUGAAGAAAGACGUCUCAAACUUAGUUUAUUAACGGAUCGAGCGCAAGGAGGAACUAGUAUGAAAGAUGGAGAGAUCGAAAUGAUGGUUCAUAGAAGACUUCUCAAAGACGAUGCAUUCGGUGUAGGAGAAGCUCUCAAUGAAUCUGCAUAUGGUGAAGGUUUAGUGGUUAGAGGUUCUCACUAUAUUAUCGGUGGUAGUAUAAAAAAUUUAGAUGAACUUGCAAUAAAAGAAAAAACUUUGGCGCUUCAACUGUUGCUUCGUCCAUGGCCUUUUAUUAUAUCUAAUGAAAAUAAUUUUUCAACGUAUGCACAAUAUGCUGCCUCGCAAAAUAUAGGUCUUGCCAAAGCAUUGCCACCAAAUGUUCACAUUUUAACUUUGGAACCGUGGAAAGAAGAUUCUCUUCUACUAAGAUUAGAACAUAUUUUUGAAAUAGAUGAAACCGAGAAUUUAUCGAAACCUGUAACAAUUAAUAUACAAGAUCUAUUUAAUACUUUUACGAUCGUAUCCGUUAAGGAGACUACAUUAGGUGGUAAUCAAUGGUUCAAGGAUAUAAAUCGUUUGAAAUGGGAUGCUGAGACGAAUGAUAUUUUUCAAUCGGAAGAAGAAUAUGAACCUGUAGAAAUUAAAGACGGUAUCAUAAAUGUAGUUUUGAAACCAAUGGAAAUACGAACAUUUGUCCUUAAAAUAGUACCAAAACGUAACUAAAAUUCUCUAAAUUGAAAACAAUUUAUUUUUAUUAAAAAUUAUGUUUAUUGUAUUUGAUACAUAUAUAGUAAUAAAUUUAUUGUUAUUGUUUAUUAUUAGUUUAUUAAAAUAAGAUAUAAUAAAUACGAUAU